CAUCAUAGCUGCCUUGGCCCCCUUCACCUGCCUCAGUGCGUGCAACGCGCGUCGUCCGCCUGCGUGUGCCGCGCCCGUCUUGCCACUCCCCAUGGCGACACCGCCCACCUGCUCGUGUCUCCCGUCAUCCGCCACCGCCACUCCUCUCCUCCUUCCCCACGCCGCCGAUAUCACCCCGCGCUCCUUGCGCGGUACCCGCCUACCCGCUGCAGUCGCUUCCCCGGCCGCUGCCUCGGCUCGCCGCAGCGCGGUAGUCCGCGCGUCGCUCGCUCUCCCUCAAGGCGUGUUCCAGCCGCUGGCCGUUGCGUUCCAGCGGGGGCCAUGGGGCGCGUCGGCGGCGGAGACGGCGGAAGAGGCGGCGCUGGUGGCGGCAGUGGGGGCGGCGAAGGGGCGGGGGAGAGAGGUGACGGACGAGCAGAGGCAGGCCAUUCAGAGGGCCGUGGAGACGCUUGAGGCCACGCAAGGCGUGAGGGGGCCGACCCAGUCGCCGCUGCUGGAGGGCACGUGGGAGCUACUGUACACCACACGCCCGGGCACCGCCUCGCCCAUCCAGAGGGCGUUCGUGGGCGUGGAUGCGUUCAAGGUGUUCCAGCAGAUAUCCCUGCAGCCCAGCAACGCGCGCGUCAACAACAUUGUGGUCUUUGGGGACUCCAUCGGCCGCCUCAAAGUCGAGGCGGCAGCGUCAGUUGCGUCGCCAUCGCGCGUGGCAUUCCGCUUUGACCGCGCGGCGUUCCAGCUGGCGUUCUGGCCGUACCGCGUGCCGUACCCCGUGCCCUUCCGCUUGCUGGGCGACGAGGCCAAGGGCUGGCUCGACACCACCUACCUCUCGCGCUCCGGUGCCCUCCGCAUCUCCAAGGGCAACAAGGGCACCACGUUUGUGCUGCGGCGCUUUGUGACGCCACAGGAGCGGCUGCUGCAGGCCAUCCAGCGCAGGCAGGCGGGCGUGGAGCAGCUGCUGGCGCCUGUGGCGGCUGUGAACCCCACGCACCGCCCUGCCUCGUCGGACCUGCUGCCCGGGCGCUGGCGCCUGCUGUGGUCCUCGCAGUCCAGUGAGGCCAACAGGGUGCAGCGCCUCACAGCAGGGCUUGCCAAGAACUUCCAGGUGGUGAGCGAGGACGGCAGUCGGCUGGAGAAUGUGGUGGAGCUGCUGCCAGCAGUGCUGCUCAGAGCAGCCGCAGAGGCAUAUGCGGUGGGUCCUGCGCGCACGGAGGUGUACAUCGAUGAGACGACGCUGGAGGUCGGCCCACUCAAGUUCAACCUGCCCAUCACCGGGGAGGGGUACAUUGACCAGCUGUACCUUGAUGAGACACUACGGGUCAGCCGUGGCAAUGCAGGCAGCCUUUUUGUUCACGUUAGGGACUCUUAGUUGAAAGCAUCUAGUCAGGACCUCAGAUUCGUUCGAAGGCCUGACAGAUCCAUCCAUCCCCCCCCCCCCCCCCAAACCUAAGGCUGUGGUGUCCGAGAUCUCAGACAGGGUUUGUCAGGGUUACCCCAAAAACAAAUCGCUAAAUAGCCAGACAUAGUGUCUCUAGGAAAUAACUUUAAAUGAUGGGGUGCCAAUAACCGAAUAGGUAAGAAAUAUUUCAGAAGUGCUAGAAGAUGUCAGACGUAGCUCAAAGAUUUCCAGUGGUGGUGGUUAGGGCCAGGAGGAGCUCAAGCCAUAUGUAAUCUUCAUGCGCAAGGCGCUCCCGAAGAUUAAAGUCCCGCCAGGUCAGUGCAGAGGACCACGUGAAGGACUGGAUUAUGACGGUCCUCGUCCCCUUUCUGAAGCGACUUCCUGCGCGCCGUGCCGUGGCGGGCGGCAGAAGACUCUCAUUGUCCUCAACUCCUACAAAGGCCAUCUGAUGGAGGGGAUGGCGGCGUUGAUGCUGUCAAACAUGUGUAUUUGUCAUGUUUGUAUAGACUGUAUAGAGUCACC